CGGGGUCCUUCCAUCCUUCCCACCAUCCCUCCUUCACCCGCUGGGCUCCUCCCCCGCUGACCGGGCACUCGCUGUGCCGGGCCCGGGGGCGGUGGCGGCCGGGGCUGGACAGACAACCGCGACCUCCCCCCCCCGCCCCGGAUUCUAUCAACUUUCAAGAACAAAUGUGCCCUAUAACUCAUGGAAGAAAAACUACAAGUCAAGACAUCUUUGGGUUCCAAGUUGCCGAAGUAUGGAACAAAAUCUAUAGGCAGCACCCUGCAGUCAGUAUCGAAUGGGACAGUUGUUAAUUUAUCAGGGAAUUCUACGAGUAGCAGUGGCAAAAAUUUCAUCAAGCACAAUGGCUCUAUUAAUAUGUCUUCCUAUUCUUUUAACUGGAGAAAGUCAAAUAAAUACCAACUCAAUGAGCAGAGUACUAGAGAUUCUCAUUCUACCCAGAAUUCAUGUGGCAAACUAGUUGACCCUGAAAAACAUGUUAAUGCUCAAGAAACAUUUGGUAAAGGUGGAUUAAAGAGGGAUUUGAAGAGUGUUUCUUUACUUACAUCAAAGAUAGCAAAGCCAUCCAAUAUGUUUGUUUCAUCUUCAGAGGAGUUAAACCAAAAGACUUUGUGUGGACUCUCUAGUUCAGGUAAAUUCACCAAAGCAUCGUUGUUAGGAAGGACUUCAUAUUCUUCACUUAAUGCUCCAAAAUCACAGUUAAAUGGAUUUUAUGGAAGUAGACCAACUAUAAGUAUGCAAAGGCCUAGAGCAAACUCCUGUACCACCAGGAACAGUUCUGGAGAAAGUUUAGCACAGAACCCAGACAACAUGAAAUCUUUUACCUGUGAAAAAAUAGUACGGUCACAAAGUUUUUCACAUUCCAUUCAGAAGUCUUUCCUUCCACUUGCAUCCAUAACUAGAUCACAUUCCUUCAAUAGGGCUGCAGAUCUUGCAAGGCCUUAUCAAAACCAACAGUUGUCCCUUCGAGUAGCUCCAAGGUCAACUAUGCAGUCAAAAAAUGUAAGAUCAGAGGUUCUCAAUAGAAAUGAACAUUUAGCAUUUGGAUUUAAUAGAUCUUAUGCUACUUUUUCAAGUUCUGGUUUAAAGAAAUCGGUGUUACCAAAUGGCUCAGGAGUAACAUCUUUUGAUUAUAGGUUGGGUCGAACUUCUUUACUGAGUCCAAACAGACCGCAAUUUACUGAGAAGAUUAUAGAGGAUGAUAAUAAAAAUUCAGCUGGUGACAAAUGUGUAUUGGAGGAUUCCUCAGUUUUGGGUAAUGAUGGAGCUAUGGAGAAGGAAGACGACUCAGUAGAAAAUUAUAGUUCUAGAACAGAAAGUAGCCAAGGCAUAAAUGAUAACAUGCUGGAAGAUGAUGUAAAAGUCAGAUACCUGAGUGAUGAUGUGGAUGAAAUAUCCCUUUCAUCUUUGUCUUCUUCUGAUAAGAAUGAUUUGAGUGAAGACUUCAGUGAUGAUUUUGUAGAUAUAGAAGACUCAAACAGAACUCGGGUAACCCCAGAGGAAGUACCACUCAAAGAGGAAAAUCUUGGAAGUGUUCCAUUAGUGGAUCCAUUUGAUUCUUUGAAAGAAAAUGAAAAACCCUUCAAUAAAACUGAUGAAUGGAUAGAUAUCAAUGUACCAGUAGAAGACAAGAAUGAAUGUACCAAGCAUACCACGGGGAAUAAUCUAAUUUCUCCAGAUAUGGAUUACAGAGCUGGUUCUUCAUUUGAGCUCUCCCCAUCUGAUAGCUCUGAUGGAACAUACAUGUGGGAUGAAGAGGGUUUGGAGCCCAUUGGAAGUGUCCAUCCAUGUGGAAGCUAUGAGUCUUCAGAAAUGAACAGCAUAGAUAUCCUGAACAAUCUUGACUCAUGUGACCUGGAAGAUGAUGAUCUCAUGCUUGAUGUGGACCUACCUGAGGAUGCACCCCUUGAAAAUGUGGAGUGUGACAAUAUGAACCGCUUUGAUGGAUCGGACAGAAAUGUUCGACAGCAUCAGGAAGGCUUUUGGAAAAGGCCAGCCCAGAGAUGGAGUGGCCAAGAACACUACCGCCUAAGCCACAGUGACAGCUAUCAUCAACAUGGGAAAACGGACCUGAGCAGAGGAUCUCCCUUUAGGGAAUCUCCUCUGAGUCAUUUUGAAAGCUACAGGGGAAGCAGUCUUUACCAGGGUCCUCGGAUGUUGGUAGAUGUACCCGAACACACUGUGAUGCUGGAUGAAAUGACUCUUCUGCACAUGGUCCAGGAUUGCACUGCUGUAAAAACCCAGUUGCUUAAGCUGAAACGUCUGCUGCAUCAGAAUGAUGGGAAUGGCUCACAAGAUAUUCAGCUGUCAUUGCCGUCAAGUCCAGAACCAGAAUCAGAAGUUGGGGAUCAGAUUUAUAAGAAUGAAGAUAUGUUAAAUGAGAUAAAACUCCUUAAAGAAGAAUUGAAGAAGAAGGAUGAAAAAAUCCAGCAGUUGGAGCAGCAGCUCGCCACUAGGUGUAAAUGUCACCAUAAUUCUAAAGGGGAGAAGUGUACAUAUGCUGAUAAAUACACACAAACAUCGUGGAGAAGAAUUUCUCCUCAAGUACUACAGCCUUCCAGCAACCUUCCCAGGCCCACAGACCACGUCCAGGGAAAGCUAAUAAAGCCGCAACACAUCGAGGCCCACAGUGAAAGUUCUUCUGUGGACUCACAUCAGGAUGUUGAACGUCUGAAUGAAAAUUUUGCAGAUGAUUUUCAACAAAAAAGUGAUUAUGGCCUCAGAGAACUGCCCCAGUCACUAAAAUCAUCAUUGAUUAUGAAGGAAUUUACAAAGAAUAUACCUUCUGAAGAACACAUGAGUAUGACAGGGAAUGUUUCAAAGCCUGAUCAGUUGACUAGUAAUAAAACGAGUGAACUAGAAUCUGCACCCUCUUUCCAAGUGAGUACAGAAGAAGACCAAGCUCCAAAAGCUGUGAAAAAUCAGCCUUUGUUCACAGCUAGUACUACCCAUCCAAAGGCCUUGCAGUUUCAUAAGCCAUCAGUUGAUAAUACUUUGGUACCUUCUCCAGGGACCAUUUCUGAAUCAUCUCACAGUAGACCAACAGCUUGCAAGACAUCAGAGUUAACAACAUGUAAUCCAGCAAAACUUCAAACUACGAGUCAGACAAGCUUAAUAAGUAAGCCGAAUCAGAAAGCUUCUAAACUUCGCCCACCUUCAGUCUCCUCUUUUAAACAGAAGCAAAUAAUAAGCAGUCCCAGACAAGAGUCUCAAAACUUCCAAGGCAAGACAAACAUCCCAAGGCCAUUGACACAAAGAAAAGAGAUCAUCCAACAUCAAACUGCCAAUUUCCACUCUGGGGAUUGUUUGACCUCUAAACGGUAUUCUCGUCUCCCUAAGCCAAAGAUACAUUAAGGACAUAAUCAUCACAUGCCCAUUUCUUUGGAAAGAUUUGUUCAUUCUAUAAUUGUUUUCCAUACAUCUGAUUCCCAUGGUGAAGGCACUAUUAAAAAGCCUGCAAGUCUUGAUAUUAAAACAUAGAAGCUUCGAUUAGUUUUGCUAUUUAAUUCAGUUUUAUUACCUAGUUGAAGCCUAUGCCGUCUGAAUAUUCAUGUCUCAGGUAAACACAGAUAUUUGCUUAUCCAUCUCAAAGACCUGCAGAAGAAACUUGAGUUUGUCCUCCCCACAAAAACAAAAAUUCGCGCUUUACCAUAGUGUUCCACUAAACAGAUAUUUAGGGUGUAUGGUUUGCCGACAGUCCUUUUUUAAAAUUCUUAUUAAUCAUGAUUAUUUAAAAUACGAGUCUUUUUUGUUUGCCCCAACUUUUGAAUAUAACCCCUAUUUAAGAGGCUAGAGAUGUUGGUGAGCUGAUUAUUGGCUGGUACUCUAUUUCAGAGGCUUCUGCAAAACCUCUAAAGUCAUCUAAAGAACUCAAGCUUUUAGCAGGUUAUUAAUGUAUGUUAUAUUUUUCUCUUGCAAAAAUCAACAAAUCUUUUAAUUGGCAUAACUUCCCUGGCCUUCUCUGGGUAUCAGACAAAUCUCCCAGGCUGAAGGACAUCAUCUUAUGUGUAAACAUCUAUGCAUUGCUGUAACAUCUCAUUGGCAUAAUUUUUAUGUUCAGUUGAUGUUGUUACUGGGUAAAUUUUGGAAAUGGAGCUGAAGAUGCAUCUAUUUGCAAAACUUGACAAUGCUAAGAGUUUUGCUGGUGAUUGAAUCUUGAACUUCUAAAGUUAAGGAUUCAUGAUACCUGUGUUUAAAGUUCUACAUAAUAUAUUUUAAAUUAGGUCUUUUAACUUUAUUGUAAUAUUUGUAUUUAUUGACUUUCUGCUAAUAUCAGAAGAUUCUGAAGUACCUGACUUGAAAUGUUUGCACAAAACUUUGAUGUAUGUAUAGGGAUUUAAAACUAUUUUGCAUAAUAAAAACUUGUGUUUAAUAAGUAAUAUUUUGAGAAAAAUCACAGAUUUGCUUUAAGCAAGCCCAUGAUAUCAUGAGAAGAGCUGGUACUCUUUAAGUGCUUUGAUUUUGCUUUUCUAUGCUUUUUUUUUCUUUCUUGUUUGUAUGGGAGUGUGCGCAUGAGUGACAAAUUCUUUGGAAGGUGAUUAGAAACUGAGGAGGACUCGUACAAGACCUAGAGCUGGGGAGGGAAGAGUCUUUUACUAAACUGUUUUGACAGAUGUUCUCAGUUACUUCUUUUUCUUUUACAAGGCAGCUGUUGGACCCUGCAAGUUAGUGCAUGCAUAGAUCUAGUGGUGUUUUAGAGCCAUCAGGCUACAGAUUUUGUUUUGUAUUUCUCCAGUAAUAGCAUCAGCCUGGAGUAGUAUUUUCCAAGAGAGGUAACCAUUACAAAGUGCUUUGGAUAACCAGAAAUAUUGGGUCAGGGUUUGUUUGUUUGUUUUGUAUCUGUUGACCAUUAAUUAAAGGGAAUAUGGCUAGGAAAUCAGUUGCAUGUAUUUCCAAUGAUUCCUUUAACAAUAAUUUACUGAUGAGAAGUAACUAUCCUUUUGGAAAUAAAAUAGGCAAAUGUUUCACUUUCUUUUUUACUUGAAAUUACAAAAUGCAAUUUGUCCUCAUGCUUGCUAAACUCAUUUUUCAUACUGAAUUGUCAGAAAACCAUUUCUGUGCACAUGUUUGAAGAUAUAUCAGCCAUAUAUAUUUAGGUCUUCCUGAUAACAACAAACAUACACAUACAAAAUCUCUCAAGAAUGGGUUUACCCUUGCCAUAAAUUCUAACUGAAAAACAGCAGUAUUAUAGCAGGUUCCUGAUAUAGUGUCCAUUAUGGUCAUUUUAGUAUACUCAGACCUAUCAACAAGAUAUCUUAAUGUUCAUUAAUGGAGACAGGCUCUUGGGGCUUAAAGUCUGGAAAAGAUUAGUCCUUUUCCUUUGUGAAAAUUAAAAAUAAUUGAAUAGGUGCAGAUGACUUGAAAAGCAUUGAUUAGAGCAUUAGGUAGAUAAAUCUUUUUAGAAUGCUUCAAAUAACAAUCAUUGCCGAAGCCCAUUUGCAUUUUUCUUUUUGUUAUUUUCUUUUGUGCAAUAUUUUCAGGAGAAUGAGACUACUGUUCAAUAUAUUUGAAUAGAGAUGAGAGCCUUUAUUAACUAUUAUAACAAGUGAAAAAAUACAAGGAAAAAAAUCAGAUUUGCACUUUAAAUGAGCUUUAUUGCUUAGAGUUGUGCCUAAAGUAAUCAAGAAGCCUCCUGUUGUACGUGACUAUUUUUGUUUGUUUGAAAUAAAUUUCUCUGUAAUUGUUGCUGUUUUAAGGCAUCUGUACAGCACUGAACAAAACUAUUAUAUCACCUCGCAUGUCACAUUUCCCGUACAUUUUUUUUGUACGUUCCUUUGUUUUCCUAUGUUUUUGACUUAAUAGCAUACUAUAGAAUCUUUUUGUUUCCUCUAGCUGCCACUUACACAUAUACCUAUGGUCUAGCAUGCUAGACUUAGAUGUACAAUCUCAAUUUGUAGAUUCCCUUGAUUUCACAUUCACUGGGAAUGUACUUUGGGAUCCUGAAACACAAUUGAAAUGAGAAUCAAUAAGCCUGCACAAGUUAAUUUUUCAUGCUGCUAAAGGGGUUGAAUUCUUUGUGGGUGGAUACCGUGGCAUGCAUGUGUAUCUCAAAUGCAUUUUGAAAUUUGGAGGAGCCCACAUCAUAUUUUCUUAAUAUUUUGCUCCAAGUGCAUUUUCAAAUGGAACCUUCCAUGUAUUCUCUUUUAUUUCAGUGUGGCAGCAUGAGUUUUGAUACAUUUUGGAAGGCUCGAAUUAAAAAUCAUCUAAAUUUUGUCAUUAAGUAAACAUGCAGUAUACUUUUGAUCACUGCUUUGAUAAAGCUGCUUCACUGCCUCCUUAGAUGUCAAAUCACAAUAAAAUACAAUGCCAAAUCCAAUAACAUUCUUAUUUAAAGACUUAAGUUUGAUGCUAGCUAAAAGACAAAAAUACAACUAUUAAUACUUUUGAGUGUUUAUUUCCCCCUUUGUCUUUUUUUUUAAUUCAUCCAAAGUAUAUACUGUAUAUUGCAAUUUGCCUGUAAAGUAGAAAACCUUUAUGUAAAGACUCUUUCCUGAAAGUGUUGCUAUAGUGAAUAAAAAUAAAAUGGAUAAUUAUAAAUAUCACCCUUUUCUCUUAACAUUUCCUCAUAGUUUAUUUGGAACUUUGAGGGGGGGGUUAUUUUUGUUUUUGUUUUUAAUCACAAAACUAAAAUGAUGACAGAAGAAAGCUGCGGUUUUAAUUUGAUUUUCCUGAGUUGAUAUGGGUGCUUUCUUUUGUAUAGUAGUGAUGAUGUCAGCAGUUAGGAAAGGACAGUGCCUAGAUCAUCCACUUCUUCUCUGACUUAUUCAGUGUCUGGUGCUUCAGUUUCCUUUGGGAUGAAACACUGACUUGCUACCAAUUUUAGAAAAAAUUUUUGUGAGAAUUGUAGAAACUCAGAUCAUGAUGCGGUGUAAGGAGGAAAAAAGCCAGUAUCCUUUUAACUUCUUCAUUCACAAACCACAAGUGGAACAAGGAAAAAGAGGUGAAGAAUGGAACUUGAACAGGGAAUUACAUAUUUCAGAAAGAUGAUUUCAUUAAUGUCAUUGCUCCCUCUACCAAUGCAAGUUGACAUCUUUUGAAAGUUUUUGAGACUAAAAAGCUCAUACUAAAAAAAAAAAAAAAAAAAAUCACCUCCCCAGCCCUCUGUUGAUGAGCCUUUUGGCUGCUUUUGAAGACAGUCCCCCGAGCCUUUCCAUUACAUUAGGACAUGUCAGAAUUUACACUGCUGAUUUUCUGGUUUUCUUCAUGAACCUAGGUGUCAUUGUCAGGCCGUUAUAUGGGAAUGGAGGAGGACUAUCACUGGAGAAUUAAGGAGAAGACUAUCAGUAUUUUUAUUUAAAAAAAAAAAAAGGAACUUUUUGAAAACCCAGACUUGAAAAUGUAAAUAACUUCACAUCAAAUUAAAUUUCUGAUGCUUGUGAUAUUUAAUAGAAUUAUGAAGUUAUUGUGGUAACAUAUUAUAUAGUAUUAAACUUAAGUAUUUGUGAAAAGGGACACAGAAAGUCUUAAGGAAAUUCCAUGGAAGACAUUUUUAUUUUGGAAAUAAUGAAAUAAAACUGCCCUCAUUCUUUUUGGACUUUUUGAAAGGUGGGAAUAGUUUAAUGGUGGAAAGUUCUAACCAAGAUUUUUUUUAAAAGGUCAGAAGAGGACCUAACCCAAAUAGGGAAUGUUAUUUCUGAAACAUUUCCAGCAUCUGACCUCUUCUUUCCACUCACACAGCCACCAUGCUAGUUCAAACUUUGCAGAAUACUCUUCAUUUUUCUCCCUGCUUUGAGACUCUGCCUUCCUUACUCCUUCUUCCUUAAAGUUAUAUCCUGAAGUACAGGAUACUAAUUAAACUGUGAAUCCCUGUGACCUCCAGAGUCAAAUACAAAAACUUCUGCAUGGCCUUUAAAGCCCCUCACCACAAUGAAGUCUCUGAUCUUGCCCUUCCAGCAUUAUAUACUACUCCUUUUCAUAUACUCUGGGGUCCAGUCAGACUGACCUUGCACAGGCUGUUGUCCCAUGCCUUGAAAAGUACUCUUCCUCCUCAUCUCUGCCUUUGAAAAUCCUUUGCUUCUUUCAAAGCACAGUUCAAGAUCACCUUCUCUGUAAGACUUUGUUGGAUCUUCUUAGUGCCUCCCCAACUUCCUGGGAGCAUAUAUUCACUUACUUUGUGUAUUUCUGGUACAACUGUAUGUCCCCUUUGUCUCCUGUGUUAGAAUGUAAUGGACACGCGGCUGCCAUUUUGCGUAAUAUUCUCUCUAAAAUGCAAUAUUCUCUUGUUGGGGUUUUCUUGGGUCUCUGGAAGCAACCUUCCUUUCAGUUCAGUAAUCACAAGUGCAGCCAGGGAUUAAGAUCCAAAUCCUUUAUUGUCUCUUUCCAAGUCUUGUCUCCUUUCCUGCGGCCUGGUUAGCUUUCUUAUAGCCCAGAUCCUUUGUUUUUUCCUUCCUGGGCUGGGCAGCUUUCUGGAGAGCCUUUCAGUCUGGCCUUGGUUCUGAAAGCUUGAGCUCCUGCCUGCCUUCUCUGGCUUCUGAGUCUCCCCAACUGAAUCCUGGCUGAGGUUCCUAGUUUAAAUAUGCUCUCUUAUCUUGUCUCUUUCACUUGGGGCUCAGUUAGUUUUCUUAGCAGCCUUCUGGAUCUUGGUUUCAGUGAAUUGAAGGAGAAGAGCAUACCACCACUUCUCUGGCCUUCCUUUGUUCUGAUUCUGGCUGAGUUUGUCCGAGCUUAAAUGGUCUCUUAUCAAAGGUGUGAAUCUUGUACAACUAUACUAAGUAUAUGUAUUGAAUUAAAGAAUUAUUAAACACCAUGCUAAAUAACCAUUGUCUCUAUCAGUUCCACUGACUUUACCACCUUGUUUCAAGUUCUGGCCCAUAAAAAUUUUAGUCUUUGUAUCACAGCCCCGGACUCAUUUCUGACCUAAGUAACUUAUUUUGUCACCCUGGACCAGUCAUUAACUUGGUUACUUCAUUUUCUUCAACUGUUAAAUAAGAAUAGUAAUGGCACCUACCUCCCAGAGUUGUUUUGAGGAUCAAAUGAGAUAACAGUAUAAUGAGCUUACCAUAGUGUUUCACGUAUAUAAUAAUAUACUACAUUAUAGUAUAGCACUAUAUAAAUAUUUAUUCCCUUUCCUUCCCCUUCUGUUAAAUUUAUUCUGACAAAUCCAAUCCAAUUUACAAGAAUUUAUGAAGGCAGAGAUACCAGAGUAUUUUAAUAAAUUACACUGGGUCUCUAUAAUAAGAUUUGGGGACCAUCAUGUAAUACUUCAAAAUAAUUUUAAGAUUAUAGAGCAUUAAAACACCCAUUGCCCAGCGACAUCUCCCCUAAUUUGUACUUGAGAAGAUUCAAUUAUAAAACUUUAUACCUAUUAAAUUUCAUUUUAGGUGUUGUUGGCCCAUAGUGAUCAUUUUCAAAUCUGAUCCCCUGAAUCAAAUAAUGCUAUUAUGCCAGUUUUAAAUAAUAUAACUGAAAAACUUAUCGUUUGUCCCAAGGGAGAGAACAUGUGGUCUUUCUUUUAUGUCACUGCAUUUUGUGGAUAUAAUUAUCUCCAAAUAUAUAUGUAGAGUCAUUCUCUCCACUGACAUUGUCUUUCAUCUUUAACUACUAAAACAUCUCCACCCGUGUGUCCCACGUGUACCUCAAGUUCAGCAGUCUCAGAACUAAAACCUAAUGAUGCUGAUGAUGAUAGUAUUUAUCAUCAUGAUAUUGAUGAUAGUGUUUAUAUAGCACUUUAAAUUUGCAAGAGUGCAUUAGAGAUAUUUUAUUUGAUCCUGCCAGCACCCCUGAAAAGUGAAUGCUAUUAUUCUAUCCAGUUUACAAAUGAGGAAAAGGAGGCAGAUGGAAGUGUAGUGGCUUUCCAGGGUCCUACAGUUAAUAAAUGUCUGAAACUGGAUUUGAAUUCAGACUUUCUUGACUCCAGGUUCAACAAUCAUUGCACUAUAACAUUUAUAGUUGCCUCAGCUCUCCUAUUCUUCCUCUCAGCUUUUUCUUUUGAUUCCUCUGCUUGAUUUCCAGGAGGUCGUCUGUCAUUUUUCACCUCCUGUCCAAUCAUUUUCUAACAUGUACUAUCAGUUCUCUCUCCACCUUUGGUCUACCUCUAUUUUUGCUGCCACUGCCUAAUUUCAGAAUCUGGAUUACUAUAAUAAAAUCUCCCUAAUUCCUGUUUGUGCACUUCCAGUUUCUCACCAUUUAGAGUCCCAGAACUAUUAGGAAGGAUCUUGGAAGCCAUCUAGUGCAACAUAUAUUUAAGCUUUUGCUGGAAGACAUUUCAUAAGGUUACCCAUUCAACUUGAGUCUAUCUGCUAUUGUAUAAUAUAGUAAAAGUGUCAGAUUUUGGAGUCUGAAGAUGUAGAUUCAAAGUUUGCUUUGGUAUACAUCAUUUAAGCUCUUUGAGCUUGUUUUUUCAACUGUAAAAUAGGGAUACUAUUUAGUUUACCUGCCUUAUAAAUUAUGGUAAGAAAAGCACUUUGUAAACCUUAAAAUAUUAUAGUGGUUUCUGUCAUUCUCUAUGUGUUGGUCUGAUCAUACCACUUAUCUUAUUUUAAAAUAAAAAACCUUCAAUAGUCCUAUAUAGGAUAAAAAGCAAAUAAAUACCUUUGCCUGCCAUUAAUGACUUGCCACAAUUUGGCUAUUGUUUACCUUUCCAGUUGUAUAUUGUACUCUUUUACAUACUACAUAUUUUAGUCAAAUUAGAGCCUUCAAGUUUUAUUCCCUCUCAAGUUAACAUUCCUCUCUAUUACUCUGCGUCCUCCUAUGUCUAAGAGAGAUCAAUUUAAUCAAGUCCUAUGGACCAUCAGAUUGCCUCCUUAGCUUCCCAGUUUCAUAAGAACAUAGACUGUUAUCAAGACAAUUUUCAAGCUUGGUUUCUAUUCAUUUUAAUUUAACAAACAUUGAUUACAGAAAAACCAGGGUUAGAUUGCUUGGAAAUAAUACUAACUGAUUUGACAUCCCAUCUAGUUAAAAGGCUGCACUGUGGUAGAACCGACAAAGGACUAGCAAAAUAAAACUUCUCAUAAUCUGUGAAAGUGAGUUUUUCCAAUAUUUCUAGUAUUGUGGCAUAAUUAAGACUGAAAAUUUUGUUCAUCAAUCAUUUUUUUAAUCUGUAUCUAACCAUCUAGCUAUCUAUUAAUAAAGUUAUUUACAGAAAUUUAUACUUUUUUCACCAAGGAGAAAAAUAAUUAAGCAUCUAGUCUCCUAGAAGAUUGAUUCUGAGUUGGAAGGGAUCAUGAUGGUUGUCUUAUUCAACUCUCUACUAAUACGGGAGCAUCUCUUACAACUAGCCAUAUAUCCUUUUCUUGAUUUCUCUUUUAAUGAUAGGGAGUUUACUAGUUCUGAAUGGGACCUCAGAGGCUAUCUAGUCAGACUUGCCCCUGAAAAAGAAUCUCUUUUCCACAUCUCCAGUAAAGUGGCUAUCCUACUUCUACUUAAAGACUUAAAGGGGCAAUAAGAGGAGAGAUAAAGCAACCAUUUUUUUUUGAUAGUUUUGUUAGCAAUUUUUUUCUUUCCUCCAAGUGUAAAUCUAACUCUAAACCACUGUUUGUCAUUGCUCAUAAUUUCUUCCUGUAGAACAAGAAGAAUUAAUAGCAUUCUUCUUCCAGAUGAAAAUUUCCAAAUACCUGAAAGCCGUUAUCAUCUCCCUAAGUCACAAUUCUAUUCUAUGUUUGUGUGAUUUUAGGUCUAUAUUUUGAGCAUACAUUUGCUUCCCUAUAACUUCUACCCAUUUAGUCCCAAUAAAAGAACUAAGAGCCGCUGGAGAUAUUAGCUAGCUUUUCUAAAGCUCUUCCAGGUUUGCUAAGCCCUUUUCAUGUUAUCUCAUGUUAAUCAUAAUAGUCCUUAUAGACAAGUUCCAUUAUUCCCAUUUUACAGAUAAGGAAACAUACUGAAAGAGAUCUUGUGGUUUAUUCAUUAUCACAUAAGCAAUAAGUAUUUGAGGUAAGAUUCAAAUUCAGGUCUUCUGACUCCAAGUCCAGUGUUCUAUUCUGGAAAAAGCUGAAUCCUUUUCCAAUAAACAACUUUUUAGAUACUUAAUGCUGUUGAUUAGGAAAUACAGCAUAGCUGGGUAGAGCAAACUAGAGUUCUGGACUCAGAUUGAAGAAAACCUCAGUUUGAAUCCCAUGUUGGGCUCAUCCAUGCUGUGUUAUUACAGAAAAGUUACUUUAUCCUUUCAAGCCUCAGUUUCCUUAUAGGAUCAUUAGAGCUGGAAACACCAGAGGCCAUCUGGUCCAAUACAGUCUCAUGGCAGAGAUGAAAAUUGAUUCCCACUGAGUUGGUGAAAAAUAAAUACCCAUGAUCACAGAGGUGAGAUUGGAACAGAAAUUAACUCCAAAUGCAGUGUUCUUUCCACUAGGGCACAUUGCCCUAUGAAUGGAGAUAAUAUCUGAACAGUAUUGCUUUAUGGGUCAGGGAAUCAUUGUAUAAGGCACUUUGCAAAGUUAAAUCACCAUGUAUAUCAGCUCUUCUCUCAGCAGCCUCAUCUUUGCGCCCCCCUCCCCUCUCCCAAUUCCAUGUCAUCUCAUCUCUAAGCUUAAUAGGCCUGGGGUUUAUGACUUACAGAGAAACCACUGGUUUCCUUCAAAUGCCAAAAGGAAAGGAGGGUUCCCAGCAGCAUGUUGGGUAACUAAUACUCCCUUUCUCCCCCUGGGUGAGCUAAUGGAUGGCAUGGAUUAGCCUACAAGAAUUGUACUGGAAGGGUAGGCAGGGAUGAGCUGUGAUCUUUCUCAGAGGAAACAUCUUCAUCAAUGAGCCUGCAGAUUCAUCCUAGUUUGUAUUUUCACGGAUAAGGAGCAGCUCUAAAUCCAGAAAAAGCACAACAAAGUCAAAACUUAAUUUGGACUUUGAAGGAUAGGGUGAUAUGAUUUUUUUUUCAUCUUUUCACUAUGUGCUUUCUUUGGUAACAUCAUUAAAAUGUAGUGCCCAAAUCUAAAUACAAUACUCCAGAUGUAAUUAGACUAACACAGAAUAACCAUGAGACUUAUCAACUAUUACUGUAGCUUAGUAUUGCAUUAGUUGUUUAGGCAAACAUAUCAGCAUCCCCUCACUGAGCUUUUAGACAAACUCCUAGUCCCCUUUUCACAUAAAAUCAAGGAAGCAAGUUUCCCUAUAUCCCAUGAGGGAGAAUUUUUUUACAACCUCAUUUUUGUGUGUGCAAGACUCAGUGGGGAUGACGAUAAGCUUUUAUCUAUUAAUCAACAAACAUUAAGCAUCUACUUGUGCCAGGCAUUUUGCUAGGCUACGGAGAUAAAAAUACAAAGAAUGAAACAAUCUACUUUCAAGGAGCUUACUUUCUAAUAUGAGAAAAUAAGUACACAUAUAAGUAUAUACAGAGAAUAAAUUUGAGAUAGUUUGGGAGGGAGAGGAUCAGGAAGGAAAAACUUUUAAAAGGUGACAUUUAGGAAGUGUAUUUCAGGCAUGCAGUAUAUACUGCCUCUACACCUACUAUUAAAGUCAGCCCAAAGAUAUACUAAAGUCACAACACAUGAUAUGCUCAAUAUUCCAACCUACAGUUAUCAAAAAAAUGGAAGACACUUCUUCUUGACUCGGAACGGGACAAUGAGAGCAUGAGAAUUGACUUUUAGUAUUUUAAAGACUAUGUGUGAUAUGAAAGAAGAGUUAGACUUAUUUUCUUUGGCCCCAGAAGACAAAACUAGUAUCUGUUAAUUUUAAAGAAAAAGGACAUGAGACUUUGUUCUUAGUGAACCUAUGCUGGUUACCACUUCUUUUCUAAAUACUCUCAAAAAUACUUCUUUUUCAGGGACAAGAGUCAAGCUUAUUUGUUGACAGAUCCCUAAAUCUUUUCAUUUUUGUUUUUUAAUUGGAACAGUAUUUGACCAUUCCUGUCCUUCUGAUAUUUAUUCCAUCCUCCAUGUCUCUCCCUUCCUCCCUGAUCCCUCAUCUCCCUUUUCCCCCUCCAUCUGUCUGUCUCUGUCUCUGUCUCCUUCUUCCUUCCCCGCCCUGCCCCACACGCUCCUUUGGGAUCUCUCUGUGCUGGCAAUCGUCCUCAUUUCCUCUUUGUCCAUUACUGAUUCUAUGUAGCCCAGCUGACAUUUGUCUUUUGUGUUUUCUUUAAAUAUUUAUACUUUUUAUUUAUGAGUAGGAAAAUAGAGAGCCCCUAGUUAUCUUUGAUGAAUUCAGUUUACUAUUUUUUUCAAUCAAUAAUUAUCCAUUAAACGCCUAUUGUAUUCUAAGUACUGGGAAUACACAGAAAAAGCAAGACAUUCUCUUAUUUUUCAGUAGUUCACAGUCUCAUGAGGGAGAUAACAUGCAAACAGAAAUGUACAAAUAUCUACAUACAGGAGAAAUAGGAAAUAACUGACAGAGGGAAGGCACUAGAAUUAAGAGGACCACAUUAAUUCCAUCCUAAGGUAAGGAGGGAAUGGAGUGUGUGAUUGCUCAAGUUGCCAGAGCUCAUUAAAAUAUCAUGAAGAUUAGAGAUGAAAACAAUCAUAUGCUUUUUACAUCUAUGGCUAGGAGAUGUAAUCUUAACGAGAAAAGAACUAGAGACAAUUACAAAAGUUAAAAUAGAUAAAUUACAUAUAAUUGAAAAGUUUUUGCAUAAAAUUAAUGCACUUAGGAUAAGAGAAAUGGUCAAAUGGAAAACAAUAUUUGUAUCAAAUUUCUCUGUUAAGGAUUAGGUAGUCAACAUAGAACUAACAACAAAUAUUUAAGAACAAGUAUCUCCAGUAUAUAAAUGGUGAAAGGAUACAGUUUUCAAAAGAUUUACAAAAUAUUUGCAACUAUUUGAAAAAAAAUAUGGCAAAUUCCAGUUAAAAGAAAUGUAAAUCAAAACAAUCUUGAGGUUUCACUGUUCAUACCCCGUAAGUUGGCAAAGAUAACAAAAGACAAGAAUAAUGUCAGAAGGGUUGUGAAAAGGUAACUUUUCUAAUACAUUGUUGAUAAAGCCGUGAAUUAGUGCAAUCGUUUUGGAAAGCAGUUUGGUAUUAGAAAAAUAAAGUGGCUAAAAUGUCCAUAUUCUUGGCUCAGAGAUUCCACUACUAAGUAUAUACCCCCAAACAAGUCAUUGAUAAAAAGAGGCUUCAUAUGCACCAAAAUAUUUAUUGUAGCACUUUUUGUUUUAGCAAAGAACUAGAAACAAAGUAUAUGCCUUUCUGUGGGAGAAUGGUUAAAUUGUGGUAUAUGAAUGUAAUAGACUGUGAUUGUGCUGUAAGAAAUAAUAUAAUGAUUACAGUGCAACAUGGAUUUAUAUGAACUGAUACAAAGUGAAGAAAACAGACCCCCCAAAACAACAUAUAUAACGAGUACAACAAUGGAAAUGGAAAGGACAACCACCACAAAAGAACCAAAAAUGAAUGUUGCAAAAUUACAAAGAACAAGUUUAGUCCCAGAGAAGAACUAUAAGAAGACACCUUACCCCACUCUUUUGCAGAGGUGGGGCGGGGGGGAUCAGGGGUCCAUGGGUGUGAAAUAUUGUAUAUGUUUUAAGAUUUUUUCAAUGUAUUGAUCGGUUUUGCUGACAUUUUUUUUCCCCUUCUGAAAAAUAAAUCUUUGUUAUAUGAAUGGUUCUCUGGGGAAAGAAGAAAUACCGGGGGGAAUUUAGAUGAUGUUUUGAAAAAGAUAUCAAUAAAAUUUAUUUCAAAAAUAA